CAGAGAGAAGCGCCAGUACCGCAGCGCAGCGCGAGCAGUGCUGGGCAGCACGGUCUUCGGUCACGGUGGUUUCUGCGGAUCACUGCGGAUCGUGCUCGCGUGUUUGCGCGUUGCCAUCAUCGCUAAAAAAAAAAAAGGAACACGCGCGGAGAACGGAACCGGGACGGAUUGUACGCACACGCCGAUGCCUGCGAGCAACAACCGAGAUCUGAUUGACAGUAACCGAUAAGAUCUGAUAGAAACUAAGGAUGGAAGGAGAGUCGGAAAACAAUGUUUCCAACAAAGAUUCCAAACCAGUUACUUGGCCGUACAUGAACGUCAGCUCGCUGACCGUGUCAUUUCUGACUAAGCUGGCGGCGGCCGGCUUCAUCUGGGGAUGGGGAUACUUCAACUACAGCAUAGCCUGGCUAAUCGCGCCAAUCGCGUUGUCCGUGUGGAAGGCAGAGCGGAAAAAGGACAACGAGUUGAGGACGAUUACGGCACAGGCGAGUGUGCUGGCCAAGGAAAAGGAACUGAUCGUCAGUCGAAUGAACGAAUUACCCUCGUGGGUAUAUUUCCCGGACUUCGAUAGAGCCGAAUGGCUAAACAGAAUCCUGUACAAAGUGUGGCCAAGUAUGAAUCAGUUUGUCCGUCAACUAUGCAAGCAAAGUAUAGAACCGUCGAUUGUUGAGAAACUGACUGAAUAUAAAAUCAAAGGCUUUCAAUUUGACCGUCUAGUUCUAGGUCGCAUUCCACCAAAAAUAUAUGGGAUCAAAGUGUACGAUAAAAAUACCUCAAGAAAUGAGAUUAUCUUAGAUGCAGACAUUAUGUAUGCUGGUGACUGUGAUAUUACCUUUUUCGUUGGAAACAUUAAAGGUGGUAUUAGGGACUUUCAAAUACAUGGUCUAGUACGCGUUGUCAUGAAACCUAUGCUGCCGAUGAUACCGUUAAUCGGAGGUGUACAGAUAUUCUACUUGAAUGUACCUACUAUUAACUUCAAUUUAGUAGGAGUGGCUGAUGUGUUAGAUCUACCUGGGUUCAAUGAAAUUUUAAGGAAGACAAUCAUUGAACAGAUAGCAGCCAUUGUUGUAUUGCCAAACAAAAUAAUUAUACCCUUAAGCGAGGAAAUACCCAUGGAGUCCUUAAAAAUACCCGAGCCUGAAGGUGUUCUAAGAAUUCACGUGGUAGAAGCAAAGCAUCUGAUGAAAAAAGAUAUUGGGAUGUUAGGUAAGGGCAAGUCUGAUCCGUAUGCCGUCAUAAAUGUUGGUGCCCAGGAAUUCAGAACGAAAACUAUCGACAACACCGUUAACCCGAAAUGGGACUUCUGGUGUGAGGCUAUGAUCAGUUCAUGCAAUAUGCAAGAAGCUGUGGUAUCUCUUUGGGAUUGGGACGCAAAUGUCCCAGGGGUACUGUAUGAUGAUUUCCUUGGCAGGGCCACCAUCGAAGUUAAUCAAGUGAAGAAAAAGGGCGUGAUCGAUACAUGGGUCUCGCUGGAGCAAGCGAAACACGGCAUGGUUCAUUUGCGAUUAUCGUGGCUGCAAUUUUCUAAAGACCCUGCCGAUUUAAGAGCUGCUCUGAUAGAAACUCAGGAACUUAGAGUUACAUCGAUGAGCACGGCCGUUCUUAUACUUUAUGUCGAUUCUGCGAAAAAUUUGCCGUGCAUUCGAGGAAAUAAACAGCCCGACGUUUACCUGGAAGCGAGCGUGGGUGGAAAGAAAGAGAGAACAGCCACUGUACCACGCUCUUGUGAUCCUGUAUGGGAACGAGGAUUCACCUUUUUAGUUAGCAACCCCGAAACUGGAAUUUUGCACAUAAAGAUUAUAGAUGAGAAAACUGCCAUGACAGUCGGGGAAAUGAGCUAUAAUAUUUCCCUGCUUUUGGAAAAGAAUAAUCUCGCGUUGACGCAACAACCGUACGACUUGCAGAAGGCCGAGGCGGACAGCAAGCUCGUCAUGUCGAUGUCGUUAAAUAUCCUGAAGUAUGAACAGCCCGAACCCACCUCUGAGGAAGAUGAAGAUAAUCACGACAUCAAUGAAUUGAAUAAACGAAUCGAACGUCAGGAGUCUACCAUUAGUAACGUGUUAUCUUCGAGUGUGCCAUCGAGUCCUCUUAAAAAACAGCCGUCGAAAGAAUCGGUCAACAGUCAACCUCGCAACGCUGGAUCCGCCGCGGCGCUUUUGCCCGAGGAACCAGCAGCGGUGGAGGACGAAUUAAUCAUCAGCACCAGCGCUCCGUCUUCCUUCACCGGAAGCCCCCAGCUUAUCCAUAGAAAUCCGAGCAUCACGUCUUCCGCGGGCGAAGCGAAAUUAGGGAGGAUACAACUGACUAUACGUUACAGUAUGCAAAGGCAGAAGCUUACAGUUUUCGUUCACAAAGUUGCUAAUCUGCCGCUUCCCCAAAAUGAUCCGCAUAACAUACCGGAUCCAUACGUGAAGCUCUACAUUUUGCCGGACAGGCAUAAAGAAUCGAAGCGCAAAACCGCUGUGGUGAAGGACAACUGCAACCCGACGUUCGACGAGCAGUUCGAGUACGUGGUCUCGCAGGGAGAUUUGAACACGCGCGUGUUAGAAGUGUCUGUAUGCACGCAAAAGGGCUGGCUGUCCACCGGGAGCAACGUGAUGGGACAGAUUCACUUGAAGUUGAACGAGAUCAACAUCUCGAAGACAGUCACCAGCUGGUACGACUUACAACCGGAGAUUAAAGACUAGAAGAAGAGGAAAAGUAAGUGGGGAUUCGACCGUUUGUGCGUCUGCCUAACGAAGCAACCGCUUAAAUUCCCACUUAAUAACUUGUACAAACAAUGAAAGUCUCAGCUGUUACGAUUAUCUCUAUAUUACGUUGCUCGUUAUUGUUGAAUUGAUGAUUUAUUAAAGUUACUAUGCGGUGCUACGCGAGGACGCGAGACGUCUUGCGAGGAAACGAAAGAUAUUAUUUAAUGCGAUUUUCGUACUUACGCCGUAUAAUGGCAUGAAAUGAUCUGAUAUAUUUAUAAUGUUGCCGCAACCACAAAGCACAGGCGGAUUAGUCUAGUAAUUUGAAAUUCCCAAUAAUCUGUAUUUGUUUUAAAAUAUUUUAAGACGAUAGACGCGCGCGCGACAAGAUCGGAUCUCGUUUUAUCCCGCGUUUGAAAGUGUGUCUAGAACAGUUAAACGCUGGACGUUUAAUUGAAGAAUACAUUUGGCAUGCGAUGCGUGUUACGUCCGCGAAUUGUGAGAGUGAGUAUUCGUGGCUCGUGAGAAUGUAAGAAAAUUGAAAAUAUCUCGUACCCCAACGCCGAUCCGCGUCUGGCAUUAAAUUUAUUUUGUACUUUACUUACUAUGUUUUGUGCGACGAUUGAGUUGCGGCACAAGACGCGCACUAUGUGCAGACACUACUACCGAAUGAUCUGAAUAAUGCAGUAUAUAACACGAUUAAUUUAUAUGCUUACGAAAGCUAGUUAUGUAAGAUGCCGUUUUCGCAAUAUUGUGUUCCACGACUUUUCCUGUACUAUGUUCCAACUACUUUGUUUUGAUACUAAUACUACAGUUAAAUAAUGCAUUUACCAGCUGCACAAGCAAUUAAAUGGGUAAUUAUACUAAUAUUUGAAAUAAUUCGUAUUUUAUAAGACACACAUUGGUAUACACAUUAUACAUCGGUAUAGUUUUAAGAUGGCACUCUUGAAAUCAAAUUAUUAUAUACGCUUUAUAUUUGUAUUGGAGAUUUUGCUACAUUAUACAAUAUAUAUGUACACACGUGAAUAUAUCUAUGUAUCUAUAUUCUGUGACGCACGACUCUGUCAAUACUGUCACAAAUUGUUGAGAACAAUAAAUAUUAUGUGCAUUGUCA